AUGGUGGCGGGCUGGCUUCGAGACGCGCGUGGCAUCGAGGUGCCGCUCGUGCAGCAUGAGCUGACCGGCAGCAAGAACAUCAAGCUCAAGCCCAUCAUCGACGCCAGCCUCAUCGCCGGGUUUGUGGUGGAAUACGGCUCCAGCCAGAUCGACCUGUCGAUCAGGGGCCAGGUGGAGCGUGUCGCGGAGAACCUGACCAGGGAGAUGACCGUCGUUGCCUGA